AACGUUUUUCAUGAAAAGUACUUUGAACAAUUUACUUGAUUAUGUGAUUUAUUGGACCCUUUUUGAAUCGCUUUUGGAGCUGUUUUGUCUCUCCCAUGGCCUGAGGUGUUUGAGGUAAUAGAUUACAGGUUGGCUUGAGUGCAAAAAGGUCAAUUAUGGAUUUACAAAUUUAAUCACAAAUAAAGUUUGUCCGUUUGACUCAAUCACUUCACUUUUGUUAUACCAAACACUUUUCUGGAAGUCAUCUUGCCUUCCAUCUAAAAUAUUUCCCUCUCAAUGUUUUUUCCCAAUCUACCGGCCAAUCUUAUCUAUUGUGAAUCUAAUUAACCGUUGAAUUGUUAAUUAAACCUUUUAUCAUCGCCAUCAAUAACCUAAUCAACUGUAACAAUAGUUUCAACAUUGAAUCAUCUUAUUGGAUUUAAAAAUUAACGGAUCUUUACAUUUGCCCUUUUCUGGUUCCUUCAAUGUGUUGAACCAUUUUUCUGGUAAUUUUUUCGGUUAGUCCUUUCCAUUUCAUCUUCAGCUCAACUUUAAUUUAUGUGAACCAUUUUUUUCGCUGAUAAAUCAGUUAUUUUUCACCAAAGCCAUUUGAAUGUUUCUAUUGGCCUUUACAAUUUAUUUACUAGCCUUUGCUGUUAGCCUGGUUUUACCGAGUCCAUAUCAUUUUGUUUUGGGAACCAGUAAUGGGAUCAACGGAACAUCAACCUACAAUUUUGGAUAUGAUACUCGAGAUCAUCCAGGUGGCAGUGGAUCGGGUGCAGUUGAUAAUGGACCUCGGUUAAUGAGGGAGGAAACUCGUUUACCUGAUGGUACCGUUAUUGGUCGUUAUGGUUAUACUGAUCCGUUUGGUGUUUUCCGUCAAGUUAAAUAUGUUGCCGGAUCAACGGGUUACUAUGCUUAUGAAGAUGUUACUGGAGGCUCAGGUGGAUCAACAUCAUUACCACUCUUUUUUAAAGCAACCGCACGUCAAAGAGAUCUUGGACUUUCUGCUGGAAUUGAUUUAUCAGCUAAAUUUAAUCCUCCUCUCUAUCAUCCAGAAGCACAUUUAGCUGAAACACCGUCGACGACUCCAGCACCCUCCACGCUAUCUCCAUGGGAAGGUUCAUUUGGGGCUUCAAUACCAUUCAAGAAAAUUUUAUCUCCAUCUUCAAAACCAAAGGAAGAACCAUCCUUUUCACGUUCACAUCAUCACCAUCAACCAUCUCUCUAUCAUCGUGAUUAUCCAUCGUCUUCCAACAACCAAUUGUCAACCUCAUCAACAUCAUCUUCUUCUGAAUCAACACCUUUCACACUUUCCUCUUCAAGCUCAAAACAAUCACGUCUAACUCAUUCCCUAUCACCUCAAUCAUCGCAUAACCAAGGCCGUAAUAAUGAACGGUUAACCUUAAAUAGAGACAAAGGAUUAUUCACGACUUUAUCAGCAUCUUCAUCAACUUCCUCUUCUGGUUCUGUUGUUAAAGAAACUGAUGAUGGUCAAUUGAGAUACACUCGACCACCUAAAACAGCUUUUCAAUUUGACUUUGAUCAAGCCUCUUUGAUCAAGAAACACAUUCCCGAUCAAAAAUCUGACGUUUAUGGUAGCUAUAAAGAAUCCAAUCUAACUCCAAUCAAAAGUAAUUCAAACGAUGAAGAUGAUUUAAAAGAAUUAGAAAGUUUCAGGAUUCCAAGUGGCCUUAACAUUCACCCUUCAUCUUUAUCUAGAAGACGAUCAUCCUCAUCAAUCUCAUCAUCCAGAACCUCCCAAUUGAAUAAACUUUCCCCAUCACAACCACAAUCCUCAUCUACUCCACCUCCACCGCCAUCAUCAACAACAACAACUGUAAAGACACCGUCUACCUAUCCAUCAACAGUAACAACAACAACAUCAACAACAACUGAGGCAUUAAUAAAUCAUCCGAUUUUCAUCAGAAAUCAGGUCAACUCUGAACAUUCCAAUGAAAACGAAACGGUUUCAUUCGAUGAAAAUGAUAGGCUACGAAGAUCUGAAGAUGCAACAUCUUCAGAUAAUAACCUUAAAAACGAUACUUAUUUACCAACAAUAAGUAUUUCAAGAGAACCUGUACUUGAAGAAUCAUCUGAAGAUGAUUUAGGUGAAACAGAAAGUGUUAGAGUAACCUCAAGCAGCAGCAGUAGCAGUAGUAGUAGUGAUAGUAACAUUGGUGAUAUUUACAACUUAUACUCUAGAGAAAUCAAAUCAACUAGUUCAUUAGCGCCUUCACCAAUCAAUCUUAGUGAUAUUUCACGUUACCGUGAAGCAACAAUACCAGAAGUAGAGAUACUGAGCACCUAUGGAACGAGAUUGAACAAUCCUAUUGAUGGUCAACUCGAAUCUUUAGGCUAUUAUGAUUCAAGACUUUUAAGAGGCCUAAAUUACAAUGACUUUAGCCUCCAAACUCAACCUGUUUAUACUCCAGUGAUUGAUACUUCUUCGUCAACGAGUCCGACAACAAAAUCUUCUGUACUCGAACAUUCCGAAGAUCUGAAUAGAACUGAUGAUAAAACUCUUGGAGAUGAUUCUUCAUUAGAAUCGGCCAAUCCAUUGACCGAAUCAGUUUCUGUUGCAAUUUCAUCGACUCAAUCUUCUGGAAAUGAAGAAAAGGAUGAAAAAUUGAAUGAAAAACCAAUUGAAUCAAUUUUGAACUUACCAGAUCAGUCAUUGACCAUCACCAUAAAACCCGAAACUACAACAUCAAUGCCAACAACGCCAGUCUCAGAAACAAUAACUGAAACAGUGAAACCUGAAGAACCAGUAACAUUUAAUCAAGCUGAUAAUUCUUAUUCUUUAUUAACCGAUCAAACUCUUAAGGUUGCUGAUGGAAAUGUUAAAGUAACACCUAAUUUAACCCAUAAACAAGUUAUUAACAAUCGAUUAAUAACUGGUUCAACUAGAAAAUCACAAUCAGUUACAUUAUCCUUACAAACGGAAGGGACAACAUUUUCAUCAACAUCAACUUUACCUUCAACAGUAAUUGAUAAAUCAACUGUUUCUAGGUUAACUGAAGUAACAACUGAGAUUAAAGCAUUACCUGAGAUUAUAACAGAUGAACCGACAACAUUAUCACCUUCAACACUGCCCACAACAAUAUUAUCUUCCUCAUCAUCCUCAUCAUUGCCAACAACAACAGUAAGCUCAACAAUACAAAUGAGAUCUUCUGGUUUGGAUGAUGUAACAACAAUUAAACCUGAUCUUGGUUUAGUUGGCGAUGAAGUUACGACACCAAUGGCAAGUGUCACUUAUUCAAAUGAAAAUAAUCAACCAACUACUACAUCUACAUCAAAAUCAACCAUUGAAGAUUCAUCAACAACUAUUGCUGAAAGUCCGUCUUCAACUGUUGAAAAUUUAUUAACAACAACUGAGGCUAGUCUAUUGUCAGCUGAAUUGACAAGCAAAUCAAUCCAAUCCAAUUGGUCUCAAUCAAUCAACAACGAUGUAAGACCAUCAUCAACAACAACAUUUUCACCUUCAACAAAUGAUUAUACUGCCAGUGAAAAUAUUUCAGGUGAAUUCCCAAAGUUGCCAAAUGAACCAGUUAAUAAUGGAAUCAAUCAUUUACUUUCGCCAAUAACCAAGGAAAAAGAUGAAUGGCUUGAACGCAUUUUGAUUAAACAAAAUUCCUCCCAGGAUGAACCUCAUAGAGUAGAGACUCGACUUGAAAUUCCCAAAGAUUCGAGUAAACCAAUGAAAAAAAUUGUUAAAAUUUGGUAUAAAAGAGGUAGAAUGUUCCUCUCCAAACCUUCAACAUCGAAUGUUCAGCUAAACUUUACUAAUUCUAAUGAAGGGUCAGAUAAAUUGCAUAGAACAAAGAUAAUCCGUAUUCCUCGAGGACACAGACCUGAAAGAAUGGGCUAUCGUAAAGGAGUAUUUCUAAAUAAAAUACCUAUAAUAACAACAACUGCAGCAACGACAACAACAACUUAUUCCGAUAAUUCAACAACAAUUGCAUCAAUAUCCACAUCAGCUACAGAUGCAACAACAACUAAUGUUCCUGUGUCAACUCAGGAAAAUGAAGAGUCGACAACUCUGUUAUCAGCCAUAUCAACAGAAAAGGCUUUAUCAGAAUCACCCACACAGUCAGCAACUGAUGAACCAUCAACAAUUUCAACAUUGCAGCCUACGACGAUAAUUUCAUCAACACCAUCACCAUCGUCAACGUCAACUUCAGCCACAAUUACAGUUAUAACAACAAAAGGCACAGAAUCACCAGAAAUCACUAAUUCAACUCAACAACAGCCAUCAUCAUCACCAUCUCUAACAAAAAUGAAACCGAUAAGCCUUAAUAAUCCAUUUUUAUUAUCAACAAUCACUACAACCAGUUCACCAUCAACUUUUGGCUCGAUCAUGACAGCUAAAGGUUCAGACCUUACCACACCAGUUUUACCGAUUAAAUCAACGCCACUACCAACUACAACAAUGGCAUCAACAAUAAUUACUUCAACCGAGUCAGCAACUACAGUUUUGCCAACAACAGUUUCACUUUCAACCAGCGAUAAUAAUCCCAUUAAACCUUCAGCCCUUUAUGUACCUCCAAUUGCUAGUUUAUUGCGCUCAUUAGUUGGUAAUCAAGCUUUGAUUAGCAAAGGAAUCGGAUUCAAUUCACCUCUAGGUUUAGCACCAACACCAAGAAAAAAUACAUUAUCUUCUAAUCUCUAUAUUCCUCCGAUUCCUGCUGGUGGCGGUUCAGAAACCAACUAUGAAUUAUCACCAUCAUCAUCCUCAUUGAAAUCUAAUAAUGAAAAUGAGUUUCAUUACAAUAAGCAUUUAAUUUCAAGCAAUCAUAAUUCACCAAUUACUCGAUCAGUCGGAAUUAUCAACAUGGAAAAGCAACCUUACCAUUUACCGCUUGGUUAUUUUCAUUGAAGAUUGUCUCAAUAGAUUGUUUUGAUAAUUUGUUAUUGGUAUUACAACCUACUCAUUUUUUUCAUACAAAUUUAUUAUUAUUAUUAUUGUUAUUAUUAUUUUCAUAAUAAAUGUCGAUCUUAUUGAUAAAGAUCAAAUCAAAAACGAGUAAACUU